AACCACCGUUCCACAAAGAUGAGUAGAUUUCAUAUCACAAAAACUAGAUUUCGUGUGGCAUAAGAUAUGGUCCGUUAGAAAUGUCGCUAUAUAUAAGUCCGUUUCCGCCUAAGAUUUACUCAGUAUCACACAACAAAUUUAUCCCUCUCUCUCUUUAAUUGUUAUAUCUCUAUCUCUCUGUGUGAAAGAACACAAUGGCACAACAAAGGAUGGGUCCUUCUGGAUUUCAACUCGCUGGAGACAACAGUUUCGACGACGGUGCACUAGACUUCGACGGCGUAAAGAAUGUGUCCAUUGGGGUUCGUGAAAAACAAAUCGUUUAUAUAAGCUUAACGUACUCAAGGGGCGAAAAUAAGGAGACGAUCACCCACGGAGAACAACCUAACGAGAACAUGGAGAUCACGUUUGGAAAAGGUGAAGGGUAUUGUAAGACUGUCGGAGGCAUUUACAAACGUGGAACUCCGCAGCUUCCAACAGGGUAUAUUAGCAACUUGUAUUUUGUAACCUCCAAAGGACAGAAGACGGAAUCGUACGUUCGAGCCGCUGCAGAUGAGUCGGAUGAGGCUUUCAGUUUCACUGCGGAUGGGGAAACCCAAUUGGUUGGAUUAUUCGGACGGUUCGGGCAGAAAGGAUUAAUCACGAUAGGGGCGUUGUUUGCACCAGAAUGAAGCCAAGAUUAAAGAAGUAAGCAAAGAUGAAGGAAGAAGCUGAUAUAAUUAUAUAAAGAAACAUAUACAGAAAAAUAAACAUGUAUGGAGUUACGUACAUCAAAGUAACAAAAUAUUGUUAGCAAAAAAAAAAGUAAUAAAAUAUCAGUAUUUAUUUUAAGGCAA